AUGAGAGUUAUGUUAGCGAGAGGACCUAAGGGUUCUAGACCUGGAAGGCCCCCCAAGAGGACUCAAAGUGUCACCUCCCCAGAGAAUUCUCAUAUCAUGCCCCAUUCUGUCCCAGGCCUGAUGUCUCCUGGAAUCAUCCCACCAACAGGCCUGACAGCAGCAGCUGCAGCAGCAGCAGCUGCCACCAACGCUGCCAUAGCAGAAGCAAUGAAAGUGAAAAAAAUUAAAUUGGAAGCUAUGUCCAACUACCAUGCAAAUAAUAACCAGCAUGGAGCAGACUCUGAAAAUGGAGAUCUGAAUUCAAGUGUUGGCAGCAGUGAUGGUUCUUGGGAUAAAGAAAAACUUCAGUCUCCCCCCACCCAAGGAUCACAGGCCUCUGUUAACCACCCCAACUUGCCUGGACAGCAUAAUGUUCCAGUUAGCCAUCCUCUCAACCCUCUUCAGCAGAACCACCUCCUGCCAAAUGGACUGGAACUUCCUUUUAUGAUGAUGCCCCACCCAUUAAUUCCUGUGAGUCUACCUCCAGCGUCUGUCACAAUGGCCAUGAGCCAGAUGAAUCACCUUAGUACCAUCGCCAACAUGGCAGCAGCAGCACAAGUGCAGAGUCCUCCAUCCAGAGUUGAGACGUCUGUUAUUAAGGAACGUGUUCCAGACAGCCCUUCUCCUGCUCCUUCCCUUGAAGAGGGCCGAAGACCUGGCAGCCAUCCAUCCUCUCAUCGUAGCAGCAGUGUGUCCAGCUCUCCUGCACGGACCGAGAGCUCUUCAGACAGAAUCCCUGUCCAUCAGAAUGGGCUAUCUAUGAACCAAAUGCUGAUGGGUUUGUCGCCUAAUGUCCUGCCUGGACCUAAGGAGGGUGAUCUGGCUGGUCAUGACGUGGGACAUGAGACAAAAAGAAUGCACAUUGAGAAAG